CUGGAUACACCGGCACUGCAGGUGACUCCAUGAGGUACCACAACGGGCGCCCAUUCUCCACCAGAGACAAGGAACCCCUCCCCCUGGGCAUCCACUGUGCCAGGGCCUACAUGGGAGGCUGGUGGUACAAAAACUGCUACAAGACCAACCUCAACGGCCUCUAUGGCACCAACAGCAACAACCAGGGUGUGGUGUGGAUAGACUGGAAGGGCAAAGACUCCUCCAUUCCCUUUACUGAGAUGAAGUUCCGACCGGCCGGGAUCUCCGUCACAACCCACGGAUAAGACUGUCCUCUGACUCGUCCACCCCUAAACCCUUUCUUUGAGAAACAGGAAAGUGGAGCACCAAGAGACCAUAAACGUGUGGAUGUCGCACUUCCUGCAUCUCAAAUUCCGCCUCAACUUGCAUGUCCAGUGGUCUUAACAGCCGUCACGACAGACAGCGUAUCAGUCUGUACUUGUACUGUACAGUGCAGUGCACCAGGCUCCUGUUCUGUGCCUUUAUCAUGCUGUCUCUCUCAGCUGUAUCUGUAGAAAUAUUUGUGAUUGCAGCAUUUUGUAUAAUAUUGUUUGAUGACCCAACUCUUACCGUCUCCAACUCAAUGACUGUUCUACUGCUCUGACCCCAAAGCAUCUCUACCUGAUGCACAUCACAAGGUUACCACCCCACUACUACUGUAAUAAAACAUGCACUGUCUCAAUCUAUUGCAAUAAAUGAGGCACAUGAAUGCCUGGAUGGAGA